AAGUUCUUGCCGAUUUUGCAAUUUUUCUUUAUUGAAAUGAAACAAUCGAUACAGCAUAAAUUAAUCAAAGUAUUUUCCAUCGUUUUCUACGACUUUUUCCAAUCUUUCCGGCAUACGAAUACCAUCUCGAAAGAAGUUAUCUUUUGAUGAUCCAUUCAUCGACCCAUCGGCAAGAACUUAUGUACUGACCUAUUAUUUGCUAAUAACUAUUUACGAAUUAAUCAGCACUAAAAUAUUUUUUUGCUGAUGGCAAGAUAUUUUGGUAACACUUGAAAAUCUCAAAUUAAAAGUGAGAUUCUCUGUAUAUUCGAGAAUCAUAAGAGAAAGAUUUUUCAUUGGUGGCGCCGCCUAUUUUGCGAAAAUGGCCGGGAAAACUUUCAGCGACGCGACAGCCGAGAGAACUUCCGGCCGGUUUGCUUUUAUCUGCACCGCCGCCUUUUCUUCUCACCGGCUCCUUUUUUCUCGGUUUUUUUUCCCCUGUGGCCGAUAACGAGGCCAUUCAACGUUUAAGAGCUUGCAAACGUUUCCUGUCCAAUCAGUUGCAUUGUGAAUCCGAAGGCGCCACCUUGCCAUCGUAUCUUGACGUGCGGCGAAGCAAAAGCAAAUAACGGAUUAUUGACGUGGGCUACCACUUCGCGUAAUGCACUGCGUGUCACGCUAGUUGCAAUUGUCGAUACAGUUGGUAGCACAUACUUGCGCUGCUGAAAAUUGGAAAUGUCACUUUGCAUCUGGGUGCAUGUUUGUCGAUCAAUUUUAACGACCACUUUUACUGCUUUCACAAGCAAAAUCAGCAUCGAGCAACAGCUACGUUCCAUGUUCGAUGUUACAACAAUAUUUGUUAAUCGUAGCAUACGCUAACUUAACAAGGAUUUCAGCAAUAAUGUUAUACCUCAUAUUGUGUAGUAAUUUAAAAUAUUAUAUAUUUCACUUUCUAAAAACAUUUCUUCUAUUUUAUAUAUAUGUAGUAUGUUAUCAUGUGCUAUACUGUAUUUAUUGAUAUCAUUACGCAUUAUGUAUCAAUAUUACUUAUGUAUUAAUGUUAAUUAAUAUGAUUUAUAUGUGAUAUAUUAUGUAUUAUAUUUUAUUACUAUUAUAUUGUUAUAGAGGAUUAGAAUGAAUCUUAAACUGCAUAACAGUCAAGGCACGUGCGUUUCUUUUUAGCACCGGUAAGCAAAUUAUGUUAAUCACAGUGGUGCAUCUAAUGAACAACGUGGUCAAGGCAAACUAGUAUUGUCCUCGUUCUCAGUUUGUUCUUUCUUCUAUAUAUUAUAUUUUCUUCAUCAAUAUUCAGGCAGUAAAGAAUGGUUUAUGCAUCUUCACAUCUUGUACUAACGCAGAUUCAAAUCUCAUACAUGACUAUAUAUUGUGUAAUUUACGAGUAUGAAUACAAUAGUGAAUAACAGCAUCGUGCAUGUCUUUAGCAUGUUAAAAUUUUGUAUAUCACGCAGCAGACUGUCAUGUCAUAUUUCAAAAUAAUGUUUAUCUUCAAGGCAGUCUAGACUUGCCUGACACUUCCGAAAAUACAAUAUUAAGGAAAAUACGAUCUGCGCUUGCGUGAAAUUUGAAAGAGAUAUUUUAUGACUCUUUUUCUGUGAGAACUAAACAUUCCCUCAAUUUCUUUCCCCAUUAUAUCGAUCGCAUAAUAAUCAACUUAUACCCCAGCCAAUUGUCACUAAAUUAUUGUGAUAGUGCAAUGAUAUCGUGCACCAUUUAGCUUAUACUUAUGCAAAAUUGAGCAGUAAUAUUAUGCUUACAUAAAAGAAAUUUUUAAAUAUUUUCAUCUUCAUGAAAAGGUGCAAACCUUCCAUCUGGUAAUUCGCUACCAAACGCUCCUUAACAUCUGCAGAAUGACGAUCUGCAUUGUGGAUCAGUAUUUUAGUAUCAAUAAAAUAUUUUUGCGUGCAGUUGCCUUAUGGCCUUAUCAUCGAACGAAAUUCAAUGAAUUUCAAUGGUUCUUCUUUCUUGUUAUCUUGAUUACCUUUAUCUUAGCCCAGUUGGCAACAUUUUUAACUACAGAAUGCACACCAAAUAUGACAAUUAAAAUUAUGUCUCUUGCAUUAUCCUUUACUUUAUACUUGAUAAAGUACGUUUCCUUCCGUGUUAAUGCCGAUACUAUAAGAUAUAUAUUGGAGAGAUGUCAAUAUAUGUGUGACGAGCUAACAGACGAAGGUGAAAUUGCUAUCAUAAAAGAAUGUGGGCACGAAGCGAAACGGUUCACAAUGUUAAUGUUAUUGUACGGCGCGAGUAACAUAAUGAUUACGUGUUUUCUACCAGUUUUCCCGCGAAUUCUUCGUACUUUUACGUCCAUAAAUAUGUCUGGAGAACAGUUUAUGAUAGAUAUUAUGAGAGAAUACUUUGUCGAUCAAGACAAGUAUUACUAUUAUAUUUUGCUGCACAUGGAUGUAAGCUACAUUAUAGGGAUAAUUGUAAUACCAGCAACAGGAUCAUUGCUGUUUGGCGGCAUGAAAUAUAUAUGUGGAUUAUUUAAAAUCGCCAGUUAUCGUAUUGAUCAAACAAUGGAGACUCCAAUGUUUCAAAGUGCUGGUUUUUCGAAGGAUUAUGUAAUUUAUAAAAAGAUUGUACAUGCCGUAGAUAUUCAUCGCAAAGCAACAGAAUUAUCUGAUAAAAUGAUAUCCGAUUUUGUGGGGACAUGUUGUUUAAUAAUGUUGGUUAGUGUUACUUCCUUAAGUCUCAAUCUUUAUGGAGUUCAUCAAGCUAUGAUGCUUGGAAGCGCCAUGAAGGAAUAUUUAGUGCAUGUUAAAUGUAUAUCUGUCUCUGUAAUGUACAUGUUCAUAGGCAAUUACAUCGGACAAGAAAUUACAGACUACCAUAACCAUAUCUUUAGUAGCAUAUACAACAUGAAGUGGUACGGAACAUCUUUAUAUAUACAAAGGAUAAUUUUAUUCAUGGUGCAAAGAGGUACAGAAAAUUUUUAUAUUGUUUUUGCUGGAAUGUUUGUGCUGUCUAUGGAAAAUGCGGCCAUGGUAAAAAUAUUUCAUGUUAUGUCAUGUUAUAACCUUACAUCAAAUUAUAAUCUUCCAAGCAACAUGCACUUUACAGUGAACUAAAACAAUGCAAAAUAUGUUUCAGUUGUUCAGCACUUCCAUAUCGUAUUUCACCGUUCUCCAUUCUAUACAGUAAAAUCCGUAAUGUAACUAAAUAACUAAAAUAAGUUUAUGGCAUUUGGAUUAGAUUGAAUUAAAAGUAGAUUCUGCAUACUAGAGAAUUUUAAGAUAGAUUUCUUAUCUUCAAAAGAAGAAGAAAUUUUAAUCAACGUAGCAACUCAUCAUCAUAUUUUCCUGCGUAAUUCAAAGAAUAUAAAUUCGGAACAGUGAAAGUAUUGCACAAUUUUAUUACCUUUUUAAAAAAUACGAAUCGUCACACGCUUUCUGGCAUCACAAAAUGGAGAGGGUGUGGCGCGCCUCAGUGAUGCCAGAAAGCGUGCGACGAUUCGCAAGACCAUUCCCACUCCAUCCCCGAAUGCUACAAGCACUUUCUAGCAUCGCUGCCUGACUGCGCCGUAACCAACAACGAGCGCUCGCUGCACGAGGCGCGCUAACGCGCGUACUGAUUCGCUAAUCUUCUUUUACUAAUAUCUGAAAAUUUUACGUUGUUAAUUGCAAAAUGAAGUAGGACUUUUUAGUUCAGCUUAACGAGAUCUACCUGCAGGUGAUUGGACACUUUACGCGGGACACCCUCUAUACAUACUCAUUAAAUCAUCUUCUGCGUCUGAGUUUCUUAAGCAAUUUGUAAUCAAUUUUUUCACAAACGAAACAUCGAAAACAAAUCCAUUUUUGGAGAAACUAUUUAAAAAAUACUAAACGACAAAAACAAAUAUUAUGUAGUAGGUAAUACAACAUGUAAUAGCUGAACGUAUAAUAAAAUGAAUAUGUG